AUGACAUCAUGUGUAUGCCCGUUCAUCAAUAAAUAUCGUCGACUCCGAGUCAUCACUUCACACAUACCUUACUGCACGACACACGCGAUGGGCGCAGACUACUAUAAGCUCCUUGGCAUCGACAGGAAAGCGACCGACGAUGAAAUCAAGAAAGCGUACAAGAAGAUGGCCUUAAAAUGGCAUCCCGACCGUAACGCUGGGUCGGAAGAAGCCACGAAGAAGUUCAAAGAGGUUUCUGAAGCUUUCGAGGUCCUCAGCGACAGCAACAAGCGUGCAAUCUACGACCAGUUCGGCGAAGAAGGCCUCAAGGGUGGAGGCGCUGGCGGAGCCGGCCCUUCGCCAGGCGCUGGCUUCUCUGGCUUCAGCGGAUUCCCGGGUGGAGGCACAUCAUAUACGUUCACAAGCGGCCCCGGAGGUUUCAGUAGCGGAGGCGGUCCUGGAUUCGCACCUACAGAUCCGAACAAGAUCUUCGAACAAAUUUUCGGGCAAGGAGGCUUAUUCGGCGGCAUGGGAGGGAUGGGUGGAAUGGGAGGCGGCAUGCCUGGAAUGGGAGGCGGCAUGCCUGGCAUGGGAAGUAGCUCACGGCGUGGCACCAUGUUCACCGACGACGACGACAUGGGCGGAUUCAGCUUUUCGUCAGGUGGCAUGCCUGGCGGGAUGCCCCGCACGCGGACCUCUCAAAGUCGACAAAACUCGACAUUCAGCAACACCGGGCGGACAUCAUCUACCAAGCCCUCCGAAAUCACCAAACCACUCAAAGUCUCACUAGAGGAGCUGUACAACGGUGCCAGCAAGCACCUGAAGGUCGGCCGGAAACUGCUCGACGGCUCGACGGAAGACAAGAUACUGGACAUCCAGAUUCAUCCUGGAUGGAAGAGCGGAACGAAGAUCCGCUUCGCGCGGGCAGGCAACGAAGUUGGUCCCGGAGAAGCUCAAGACAUCGUCUUCGUCGUCGAGGAGAAGCCGCAUGAAGUCUUCACACGAGAAGGCAACGACCUCCAUGCCCGCGUCAAACUGUCGCUCGUCGAUGCUCUUGCUGGCGCUCCGCAAGGCGUGAUGAAAUUUACGAAGCAACUAGAACACCUAGAUGGAAGGCGGCUGCAAGUACCCGUGCCCCACGGUAUCGUGAAGCCCGGCCAGUCGACGACGAUAUCGGGAGAGGGCAUGCCGAUACGGAAGGAUGGUGCGGUGAAGAGCAAAGGCGACCUGAUCGUUGAUUGGGAGAUCGUGUUCCCGAGCUCACUAACGUCGUCGCAGAAGGAAGGUCUUCGAAAGGUACUGGUGUAA